AUGCCCUUAUUUUUCAUUUGCAUUCCUCAAAGAUACCCGGCUGGCGCGGUGACGGUUGAUAAACCUACCAAUAGACCAGCCGAAUCAAUUGCUAGGCCAGAGUCGACGACUGCCAGAUACAAAGCCCUGCUAGGCAACAUCCCGCAGUUCGAGAGAACCGGAGAUGAUGUCGUAGUGACGAAGGGCAUGGCUCAGGUUGCAGUCACAAAACCCAUGGCUCCUGCGACGGAAUCGGAGUCGAUUAAUCCGGCAAUUACCUUGAAUGAAGCGAGUGCCUUGCAUUAG